AAGGGGGGCAGCUCGGGCAGCUCACCCCCCGGGUCCGGGGCCCGCGGCAGAGCCGCCGGGUCGGCGUGGGAGUCUGCGUGACCGUGCCCGAGCGGUUUCGGAGAGGGGGUGAGGGGGUGCUGGCGGCAGGGACCCAGGAAAGCCUCCGAGACUGCGAGCGUAGGAUCCUCGGGGAGAGGGGCAGACGUGUGCGUCCGGGUGAGAAGCUAUCCCUGCGUUAUAUAUAUGAUGAGAGGGUCUAGACAGACAUUUCUUAACGUAUUCUGCAUCCUCUGGCUCCCGCUUCUGUUGAAGGCUGCAUCUCCCUCCCCUCUCACCGGUGGAAACGACCCAUCGGCCCCUUCGCUCUUCUCCGGGGUGUACAAAGGACACACGUGCGUCGGUUGCGUGCUUGUGGUCUCUGUAGUUGAACAGCUUGCACAGUGGCACAACAGUACAGUAAAGGCAGCCUUGGAGAAACUAUGCAACUACAUACCUGAGCUCCAAGGUUUCUGUUACCUGUUUGCUGAACUUUACGGACCGCACCUGGCUGAUCUCAUAGACAGGGAAAUGAAUGCUGAUGUGGUGUGCCAUUCCUUGAAGCUGUGCAAACAGGAUCCCGGACAACCGUUUUGUCAUCUCUACCCUCCUCCUAAGGUGGGGCUAAGUACUGCAAUAAGGAAAGCAAAAAGGAUUAUGAAGACUUCCAAGGACCUGAAAAGCAUCAUGGGGUUCUCAAAUUUAUGUGCUUUUCCUCUUCUGGAUAAGCUGUGCGAGAAGAUUAAAUAUGUCAUAAGAAAUAAACUGCCUUUUGAAGAUUUUGAUGGAGAUAAAUUUAGUACCUUCCCAACACUGAGGGGCUAUCACUGGCGAGGCAGAGACUGCAAUGACAAAAACGCCACCGUGUACCCCGGCAGACGUCCUGAUAAUUGGGAUGUGAAAAGUGAUUCUAACUGUAAUGGCAUAUGGGGGGUGGAUCCAAAAGAUGGAAUUCCCUAUGAGAAGAAAUUCUGCAAAGGUGCGGACUCCCGAGGGGUCGUUCUGUUGGGGGACUCGGCCGGCGCCCACUUCCACAUCCCUCCCGAAUGGAUGACGGUCACGCGGAUGUCGGCGAAAGCAUUUGCUAAUCUCCCCAUGGCUUUCACUGAUGAGCUUGACUGGCCCCAGUUCUCAGAGGUCACUGGAUUUCUGAAUUCCACAAUUGGAGGUUGGACAGACUCUCUGUAUCUACGUUUACGCAGGAGAAAUCGCUGUAAUCACAGAGAUUUACAGAACAUUUCCCAAAAUGGUGGUUCUUCAGGAAACCUCCUGGAUUUAAUUAAAAGCCUGGCUAGAAACCAGCUGUUGGACAAUCCAGCCAUAGUUUUGUAUGCUACAAUCGGGAAUGAUGUCUGCAAUGGCCAUUUACAGCUGAAUGCAAGAGGGGAAAGGGAACGUGACACAUUGGCUCACAUGACUACACCCAAACAAAUGCUCUCCAACGUCAUGCGAGCUCUGCAGUUCCUGAACUCCCGUCUUCCAAAGGGCAGCCACGUGAUUUUAACAGGCUUGGUAGAUGGCCGCUUUCUCUGGGAUAAUUUACAUGACAGAUACCAUCCUCUAGGGCAGCUUAACAAAGAUGUCACGUAUGGUCAACUGUAUUCUUUCCUAAACUGUCUCCAGGUGAGUCCUUGCAGCGGCUGGCUGACUUCCAACGAAACCCUCAGGAAUUUGACCUCGGAGAGAGCUUUACAACUCUCCAAUGUCCUGAAAGAAAUAGCGAGAUCUGAAAAAUUCACCAACUUUGAUAUUUUCUACAUGGAUUUCCCACUGAGACAAACGGCGGCGGAGUGGCGCCGGAUGGGAGGCGAGCCCUGGCAGCUGAUCGAACCCGUCGACGGCUUCCACCCCAGCCAGAUUGCUGCAGCACUUGGAACGAGCAUUACCUGGCAGAAGGCACUACAUGAAUGGCCUCAAGUGCUUGGAAAGGAGAAUCCUUUCAACAACCAGAUUGAGGCUAUAUUCAAAGAUCAAGGUGGACACUGAUUUCAAAACUGCUGGAGCCCUGCAGCACAGUUUAUGGUGAUGCUUCUCAGUGAAUUCCAGGAAACAAGAUGAUUACAGACAGAAGAAGGUACAAGAUAUCAAAGUCUGACUACUUUUCUGCCUUUUUUUUUUUUGGACUAGCAGUACAAAGUCAGUAGCAGUGGCAAUAACGUAAUAACUCUUUUCAAUGUUGUAUCUUAGCUGCAAAGUCACCCACCUGCACAAGCAGGCCAUACUUUUGCUGUGGAGCCAUAAAAAUAAAAAUCACAGGAUGCCUGCCAGCUAGGCCGUUUAUUGUACUGGUGUGCAAAUCCAUAAGGCUUUUUCCACUUACAGCAAAUUCCUAGCCCUACCUCAACUUUUUUUCCUGCAAGAACAUAUUUCUUGGCUCUCCAUUUGUACUAUUUCAACAGCUAAUCUGAUCCCAAAAGGGGAAGAAAAAAAUCAAACUCAUUAUGUUGCUCUAAAUUGUGUAUAUGUAAUUGCCCUGACUGUCAAUACAUUAUUUAGCUGCUAUUUGCUUAUUAAAACGUGCUAGGAAUAACAAGGCACCAGAAUUCAGAUUUGCCUGGCAGUAUUAGCUCAGCCUGACUGUGCACAGGUUCUUUUCCCCGACCGUUAACAGGAUAGUUACUCGACAACCCUUCAUGUAUUUACAACAGGUUGCUUUUUAAAGCUUUGAUACGUCUUUACCCUUGCUUCAUAACAAAUGCAAUAAGCCCAGUCCUGUACAUUUUACAAAUAUCACCUAGGGAAUCACGGAAGAUAACAUGCAGUCCUUACCCACACUACUUCAUGCGUAGAAUAGAGUUGAGAACGACUAGGAGUUCUUUGACCAGCUUAUCCAAGGGGGUAAAGGGAGGAAGAAAUUAAAAUUAGAGACAGCUCUACCUACUGCAGCCCUAAUGGUGAUAAAGCCUUUGCAGCUUUCUUUUCCUAUUAUCAGACAGCAUACAAAUGGCGCUAGCCACUCAUGGAAAAAACUGGUAAAUACAAAGCGUUAACAUAACACAAUUAAAACCCAUCUAAAUUAGCCAAAGUAGACUUGGUCUGCUCUUUGCUCUAAAUUUGUCCAAUGCUUAAGGCAUUGGGUGUCUUCAUGUAUGAUCCACCUCUUUAGUUACAGAACUAAAAUGGAAGGCCUAGCCAUACGUGGACCUGAGCACGCUGGCCACUGGAGAUGCAGCUGAUCAGUAUUUUGAACAGGCAGAGGAUGACUUGUAAGUCCUAUCUUGAUUGAAGCACGUAUUUUGCUAUCCUAGAUCCUUCAUUUUUGUUAGUGCAGGCACUACUGCAUCUUUUAUAAGAUGAGAAUUCCUCUGGGACAACUACUAAUAUUUGAGGAAACAUUCGAGUCGCCUAACUUUAGGAAAUCGAAAGGGAAUAUAUACUCCUUAAUUGAAUGACACUUACUAAUAAAGCCCCAAUUCAUUCAAGGCAUUUAGAUAUUUCCAAAAUAUCAGCUGUUUCCCAUCAACAGUUUCAGCUCUACAAAGGCAUGUCUCAGGAAGACUGAGAAGUAUUCAAAGUAGGAAGACGACACCUACCUGCUUCCUUUACAACUUCUCUCUGCCAAAUAGCAUAACAUUCAAUAUACACUGGCCAGGUAGAACGUUGUAUAACCAUUCUUAUUACCUAUUCAGGCUUUCUAUCUUUCAUUAAAAAUAGGAAAAGAACAAAAAAAUCCAAGAGUAUCCAUGUGAUUUUACUACAGACCAGGAACAGACAAUUACUACAGACAAUUAUACAAUCACAUCAGAUAAUUUCUUAUACACCAAAAUACAAAAGCACAGCAAUUAAAGGUGGGGGGGGGAGACAACACAGUAUUUAGCAGCCAAAUUUUCAGGCAAUCUCACUACAAAUUAUUGUAUUUCACUUGAGCUUCAGCUUUAAUAAUGCCAAUUAGGAGUUUUACAAGCUAGUAAAACUGAAAUUUCCUCAACUAAAAUAAUCUUCAUGGCCAAGAGCAUAGCAUAUUCAAUUUAUUGGCUUUUUCUUAUCAGUGAACAUCUUGAAUCUCUGAACAAUGUAAAAAAAAAUUCUCAUGAAGUUAAAACGACUUCUCAAUUCAAAAAAAAAAAUCUGAACUCCCUUUCAUACCUGAAUCUCAAAGCUCUUAGAUUUGCUCUAGCAGUGUAAUUAUUCCAUAUUUGAUGCAGUAAGGGUUUUUGAGGGAUUUCAUGAAAUGGGCUUUCCACUGGUGAAAGAGCAUUAACCAAAGUAUAUUUUCUCAUUUCUCAGAGGCAAUCUCUGCAAUUCAGCAUUAAAAUUAGGCUGUACACAGAAACUUGAUUUGUAACUAAUGUAAUAACUAUUUGUGAAUAAAGAUGAAUUUCUGG